GGGAGUCGCGAGUCGCGUCUGUUCUGUUUACACUCUGUAGCUCAUUCACACUUGUGUUUGUAUUUUGUUCUGGCUGUAGUCUGACACGUGUUAUCGCUAUUUUAUGAGCUCCACAAUAUGACGGAUAAGACCACCUGAGUAAAGCCGGGCUCGGCAGUUUCAGGGCGCCUCAUGGAGGCUGUUCUGCAGAACGUGGAGAGCACUGUGGAGCUUUUGGCGGUUUCUCGGACUGACUGUGUGGCUGAGUGGGACGGUGAGACAGUGAACAGGGCUUUUCAGUGGGCACAAUACUGCGAACAUGUUCAUACUCGCUUCCACACGAACCCGUCAGUCCGAGCCGCGUUGGAGAGCCGUCUGCGCGAGACUAAUCAGCAGCUGGCGCGCGCGUUCUCCGGUUACCGGAGUCUGGCUCUGUCUGAUCUGGCGCAGUGCCGCCACAUGCUACUUGUUGGUCUUUUGAAAAACCCCGCGACUCCACACCCUGUAAUAAAGUCGCUUUUGGACAAGUUUGUGCAGGCUGAAGAUGCUCAGUUGUCAGGCCUCAGUGUGUGUAGGUCAGCGUGUAAACUCCUGGGAGACUUUACACUCAACCGGAAGAGUGACUGUGGCCUCUCUGCUGUCACACAGGUUCACGGCUCCAUGCUCAUACACCGCAUCCAGGCCAUACAGAGCCGCCCAGGCAACCAGGCAUACGCUACACAAUUACUGGACUGUUUGCUGAAGGACAGUGGAGAUAUACAGGACAGCUUUUUGGCACUUCUAGCAGCUGCCCUACUGUCAACAGACUUAAUGAGUGAAGACACUGCAGUUCAAGAUCUUCUGCUUGAAUGGUUAGAAGGACAUAAUGACUUAUUGCAGAGCAUGUAUCAGUCUUUACCUUCUGAAUUGUGCACCAAGCUUUCUCAACGAUUGCCCAAAUUUAGGCUUGCUUAUUGGGACAGUUUAAAAAAGUCAGCUUCCUCCUUGGUGUAUGAUGUGAGCAAUGGAUUAUGGAUACAGCCUUGUGACACUGCAGUGUCGUUUCAGAUGCUCACAGAGCGGUUUAAGUCAUUAUGGAGUUCAGGGUCAGCACUAAAAGAAGAGACUGAAAAGCAGUUGAUCACACUUAAACAGGCUGAUGGAGACUUUGAGGUUGAGGGACUGAGUGUGUGGACAGACCUGCUUGUACGGCUCAAGUGAAAGCUGUGUCCCUUUUCUGAGUUGCUACAGGCAUAGAUGAAGCCAGUGGUGUGGUUAGAUAGCAGACAGGGGGAGACAGUGCUCUUUAACAGAUUUGCACAAUUUCUCUGACUUAGAAAAUCAGCACUCAGAACAGCACAUACUGUAAUUUAAUUUGUGUAUUAAAAUUUAAUAAAAGAUCCAUUUUAUUUCCAUAAUAGUGUAAUACCAGUAGCAUGCUGAAAGUAAUGUAAAUUAUUGUUCAUGUUCAGUGUCUUAUAACCUCAAAACGGCUCAGCCUAAUCAAAUUUAAAAACACGUCUUAUUUCUCUUGAAUCAGGAUAUGUGACUCCUUCCAUGUUUCUUAAUUAAGAUUAAGUGCUGUGACAGAUGGCGCCAUCACAUGUUGCCUUGGCUACGGUUGGCAUUAGGCAUCUGAGUCCAUCUUUAAUGGAAAGUAAAGUCAGAAUGGUAAAUGUGCACAGUUCCCAAAUUAGUCCCUCGAGGAUACACUGACCCGUGAUAUAUUUCGAUUUCCUCUGCUUGGCAGAUUAGGACAGGAGGGAGAGAGAGAGAGCAAUUGCAUGUGGUCAUUAAUAAUUUAUGUGGUCACUUAAUCCUGUCAAUACAUGCACAAUCAGAUCAGCUUGCUGUUAACAUGAACAAAGGAGUUCAUAGAAAACCCAGGCUUUAUGAGAUUCUAAAAUUAAAUAAUUAAAUCAAACGAUUUCUUCACUUCAAUUAGCUUUCCCGAAACCUCUUGGUCAAGAGACCAGGUCAGUGACUGAGUGAUUAAUAUAAUUACACUUUAUUAAAGAGGAACUUGGACAGAUAAGUGGCACUAAUGCUGAAAGAACAAUUGUCAUGAUGUGGAGCCAUGCAUUAGCUAUAAUAUUUUAGAAAGACGAAGGGAAAAUGCCAACAAUAUACAGUACUUGAAUAUUCAGUAGUUAAAAUAAUCCUGGUGUUUGUUUUAUGAUGGUCAGUUGAUAAAAUCCCUGAUUUUUAGUUGCUGCUGUGUUUCUGAUUCUUGCAGAUAGGAGGGAUUUUUUUUUCCUUCCCUUUUUGCCUUUUUUGCCCUGGAAACCAUGGAAACCUGUAUUUUCAGUACUGUUAUGUAGAGUAACAGCAGCACAAGGCCAGUGCAAACAUUGAUUUAGCAUGCAGAAACUAGAAAAAUGCUGAUGAGAUGCUGUCCUUGAAGAAGGAAUACGUAAGGGACCUUUUUUGGCAAUCGUAUUUUCGAUAUUUAUUUUUCUAUUCAUUGAUCCAGACCCCUUUUUGGAAGCCUUCAUAAUUAUUAGCCAAGCAUUCUUAUUUUUGUAUGGUUGAGGUUUCUUAAGGAUGGAUAGCAGGUUGGUUAGGCUUAGCUCAUAUAGAUUCAUGUAGAAUUUCUGAAAGCUAUUAACCUUUUUCUAUCACAAUGUUGUUGUUGUUGUUUUUAUUAUUAUUAUUAUGUUAAAUACUUUAAAUAACUGUUUAAAUAGCCAUGCAUUGUAUGACACCAUGAGAACUGAUGAAAACAGUCAUUUUCAGUAAUGAAAUUCCCUCCCACUGCACGCCUAUUUCUAAUUCAAGGUCCUUCACUGAAUCACAAAGCUCAAUAAGGUAGAGGAGGGGAAACACCAACAAGGCCACGGCUCGUUAAGCCUGCGAUGAAAAACCAGUAGCAGUGCCUAAUCGAGAGCCAGUGCUAUUACUACAGCAGGGAGAGUGGAAUAUAUCAGUCUAUCCAUAAGAGAAUAAAACAGCUAAACCAAAGACAAACACACUGCCAUGUGCAGCUGUCAUCUCCUUCUCAUUUAAUUGAGCAGUGUGUUUUCAUUAUUAUUUACAUU